AUGACGAAACUACCAGAACACUACCUCACCAAGAUGGACCUCUCCAGUAGUCCUGGUGACCGCGGGACUCAACUGUUCAUCGUCAUGAUGGUGGUGCUGGGCCUUGCAUGGAUACUCGUAUUGCUUCGAGCCUAUGUCAGAGUCAUCAUGAUCAAGAACGUCGCGUCGGACGACUGGUGGAUGCUCGCCAGCAUUCUCGCAUACACGGCUUACUCGAUCGUGGCCAUGUGGGGAAUCUUCGACGGGGGUACCGGGAAGCACAUCUCGAAUCUCAGCCUUGAGGAAACACUGGUUGGCCUCAAGGCAUGGUACAUCUGCGAGGUCAUCUACGCACCCAUCUCGGCCAUGGUCAGAACCUCGGUCGCGCUGUUCCUCCACCGGGUGGCUACCGAGGCGCUACACAAGUGGGUGAUAUGGAUAAACCUCGCUGUCAUCUACAUCAUCUCGCUUGUCUUCACAUUCAUCGCCAUCUUCCAAUGCAACCCGCCCUCCUACUUCUACGAGCAGGUGCUGGGGAAACCGGGUGGCUGUAUGAACAUCAAUGUCCUGCCCAACGCCGUAAUCGCACACAGCGUUAUCGGCGCGGUGACCGACCUCGUCUUCGCUGCGUUGCCUGUUGCUAUGCUAUGGGACGUUCAACUGAACAAGAGGACCAAGGUUGUGGUUGCUCUUUUGCUGGGCAUGGGGGCCGUCGCUGGAAUUGCUCUUCUCGUGAGGAUACCCUUUGUCAAAAGGUUGGCGAUUACACCCGACUUUUUGUUUGAGACGGUCGACGUUGCUAUCUGGUCUGUUAUGGAACCAUCGCUCGGGAUUAUAGCCGGCUGCGUGGCAACCUUGCGGCCGCUCUUCAAGAGCCUGGGCUUCGGAAAGCCCACCACGCAGAGGUACGGCUAUGGACCCUCGCACUACGGGCCCUCGGCGGCAAGCGACAGACGCACAUGGGGCUUCGCUCGAAACACAAUGCAGAAACUCAGCGACGGGCCGUUCUCUCCCAGCACCAUCGACUCGUCGCCUCUUGAGCCUGGGGCUCGCGCGCCGUCCACGUCAAAGAAUGACGAAUCGGACAUGGACCUUGAGAUGCAGCUUCAGAUACCGUCGUCCGUGCCGACACCGUACCCCGGAAAAGGCAUCGUGUCAACCAAGAUUGCCACCGGGCUCGAUCUCAUCCUCGGCGGCGACGCUGCCCAUACAAGGCUCGGCGGCGACGCUGCCCAUACAAGGCUCGUCGGGGGCAGGAACUGGAUAAUCAGAACUAUAGAGCACACGAUAUGA